AAACCGUCCUUUUUAAAUAAAGGAAUUACUAUUUCAUUUAUCAUGUAUAAUAAAUUGCAUUUUUUGUUAAGAAUGGUGGCCUGAUGUUUGUUUAUACUUUUCAAUAAAAAUACGCAAGGCGCGCGAGGGUUCUUAGGCGGCAUAACUUCGAUGAGAUUGACUUCAUGUUGGUGCUUCCGAAUCCAUAUCAGCUCGAUUUAAGAGCUGGGCAAUGCGCCAUGUCAUUCAAUAGCUCGCAGUUAGAUUGUGCUUCUCCCGAUUUAGUGACAGUUAUAGUUCACAGCCUUAUGUGUCAUCGACAGAGUGGAGAAUCUGAAGAGUUUGCGAGACGCGCGAUUGAGAGUCUUGUGAAAAAAUUGAAAGAAAGGCAAGAAGACUUGGAAUCCUUGGUAACUGCCAUAACAACGAGUGGCAGCCAACCAAGUAAGUGUGUUACAAUACAAAGAACUUUGGACGGACGUAUGCAGAUUGCUGGGCGGAAAUGUCUUCCUCACAUUAUUUAUUCACGAAUAUGGCGGUGGCCUGAUUUGCAUCGAAAUGAGUUAAGACACUCCAAACAUUGUUUAUUUGGGUUUGAACUGAAACAAGAUUGCGUGUGUAUUAAUCCUUACCACUAUGAAAGAGUUGUUUCUCCUGUUGACUUGGCUGCUCUGAACCUUAGUCCUGCACCAGAAAAAGGAGACAUGUGUAGCGACACAGAAAGUGAAUCCAACUGUCCGGACUCCCUAGUUUCUGGAUUCAAGGGAGCUCAAAUAGCUGAUAUGGGAUCAUGUUUGCCAGGAGAUCCUAUUAAUGAAGGGAAGAAUUGUAAUUCCUCCGUCUUAUUAUCCACUCAUCCUCGUCUUACUGUUCGUGAUCUUCUUGGUGAACAUAUAUCUCACACAGGUUGCUCAAAAAAUCAAGAGUGUGAUUUGGAACAGACUCCUUUAUUAUCCAACUCACAAAUCGAUUCGUCUCCAGCACUCUCAUCAAGCAUUUCGAUAUCGAGAGUUAACCCAGCUCCACAUUUGGAUAGAGGACAGAGCACUAUGGCCUGGUCAGGUAUCGCUAACCAAAACCAUCCAAAUACAUUUAUUCAUUCUGCUACUAACUUCUCGAAAGACAGUUCCAUAGAAUCGGAAAACACGUGUGUAACAGGAUAUUCGAAAGUGAUCCCUGUGAAUUUGCCUACGAUUAGGACGAUGGAUGUUUUAAAGUGUACGAUCGAUCCGCCUAUUAUUUUUACGCCAGUUCAAACCAACAGCCUUUUAACAAGUAGUUUCGUUCCAAGAGCAUAUUCUUCAAACGCAACUCCAGUUUGUCUAUCAGGCAACACUAAUGGUGCUGUAAAUAAUAGCUCUAAUAAACGUCCUGGUGGCUCUUCAGGAACUGCGGGUGGUUGUAGUACUGGAGGAUCUGGUUUUGGCAGCGGUGCACCAUGUAGUGGAGUAGGUGGUGCGGCUGGAGCUGGUGGUGGUGGGUGGGGCAAUCGUAGGGGUCCCCCUGCCCCACCAUUCACUCCUUCUGGAUCUCUACUCCAACCGUUGCCAGUCCUAACUACACAACGUCCUCCUGAAUACUGGUGCAACAUUGCUUACUUUGAACUGGACCAACAGGUCGGUGAAUUGUUUAAAGUUCCAAGCCAGUAUUCACGUGUCACCGUUGACGGUUACACGGAUCCUUCUAGUCCAAAUCGUUUUUGUCUCGGACAACUAUCAAAUGUACACCGGUCGGAGCAAUCCGAAAAGUCGAGACUUUAUAUUGGCAAAGGUGUAGAACUAGAUAACGUUGGAGAAGGUGAUGUUUGGAUUCGCUGUCUUUCAGAGUUCUCUGUAUUCGUACAAAGCUAUUAUUUGGAUAGAGAGGCUGGCCGUGCACCUGGCGACGCUGUUCAUAAAAUAUAUCCUGGCGCUUAUAUCAAGGUUUUCGAUAUAAGACAGUGUCAUGAAGAAAUGAAAUCCCUUGCUCAGUCUUCUCACGCUGCUGCUGUCCGACAAGCUGCGGCUGUUGUUGGGUCACCUACGACAAGCGAUUUAUUGUCUCAGAUACCUGGUGCCCUACCUCUAGGUUCCAACCAAUCUGCUCCAGGAUCUUUACCUGGUACACUAGGUACAGGAGCAUCUAUUAUGGCUACUGCUGGGGUCGGGGUGGAUGAUCUUAGACGUCUUUGUAUGCUUCGGUUGAGUUUCGUUAAAGGAUGGGGACCAGAUUAUCCUAGACGUAGCAUCAAAGAAACACCUUGUUGGAUUGAAAUACAGUUGCACAGGUAUGACUUUAAAAUUUAUUUUCCUACAAUAAUAAACCAGUACCGUAUAGGCGUGAACAAAUUACUACCAUCUUAUAACUAACUACAUUCAUGGUUCCAUGUUAUUUUGAAAAUUAGUUUAGAGAACUGAAAUGGACGGUUUGAAAUUGUAGAGUUUGCUUAGUAUACACUGGAAAUAUUUCUCGCUCUUUGAAGGAUUUUUUAACCUUUGGUCUCUUUACUGUUCACUGUCUUGUUAAUUAUGGUGAAUGAAACUACACAGAUGUGUAUAAUUCUAAGUGGAUGCACUGUAGUUAGGUAAAAUAUAAUACCUCUAAAGCUGGAAGGAAUUAGAUUUUUGUUGUGAAUUUCAGAGAUACCACUAAAAUAUCAUAAAAACCAUAAAUCUAUGUAAACCUACCUUGAAAAUUCUGUUUUACUUUAUAUCGCUAAUAGUUGUCAACUACUUAUGGUCUCUUCCGUUUUCUGUGUUGUUUCCACUUUUUUUUCAGACCUCUACAAUUGCUGGAUGAAGUUCUCCAAGCUAUGCCUCUUAAUGACUUAAAACCAACCCGACAUUUCUUUUCUUAUUUUCCACAACCAUCUGGAUGCAACUCAGUGAGACCAGCAGCAACCAAACGUGUAUAAGUUGCUGGGACUAAGAUAUUUCUUCUUUUUUACUUCAAGAUUUCAAACGUUUAUUUUAACUAAUCUAUUUCCUGUUUACUUUUAAAUCCUUUGUCGGUAGUUUACUGCAUAUUUUUUAGUUGAUGCACUGUAACUGAUUGCUUUUUAUCCAAUUCUUUUUUCUUACUUUGUAAUGUCUACUAUUAAAUUCUGAAUACAAUAGUCAUGGUUAUUGUUUUAACAAUUUAAUACACAUCAGGUGACUUUUAAUAUUUGUUUAAAAUUUUUGUACGUAUCCAUUGCCACUUACCUAACAUUUAGACCUCAGAAUGUUUUAAACUAUAAUUCUCUCUAUAUUGUACAACAUUGUUUAUAAAUAUCAUUUAUGCGCCUUCUAUCAGGUAAGUUUAAUAUCACUUUUUUACUAUGUACCUACAUCAUGUGUACAAUUGUUAUUUUUGCCUUUUUUUUCAAAAAAACUUGUCCACAGCUGACUGAUCUGCUUUAGGUUGUCUAUGUGCAAAAGAUCACAUCAUUGCUUUUUGCUUUUCUUAUUUAUAAUUGUAGUACAACAAGUAGUAAUAGACUUCAAUCUAUUUAUAAAGAUUGAAGUAUAAAACCUUUGUAAGUUAUUUGUUGGAUUUUAUCCAUUCAUCUAUGUAAUAGAUUACUUUGUAAAUCAUAAGUUUAUUGUCCUCCAUUUUGUUUGGUUUUAUUUCUUCUAUUUUUCUCUUAUUUAAGUUUGUUAGGUUUUAGGAAAACAAAUAAUUAGGUUUCUUGUUUCCAAUUGCCUGAACCCAUUUUUUCCUUUUCUUUGCAUCUAUGUACUUGAAUAAAACCCUCUAAUAUAAUGUUUUAACUCGGUAUCUGUUUAGAUUAUUUUUGCUAUCUAGCUAUAUUUGUACGAUCAUGACUGUAUAAAAUGGCUGCUAAAUCAUUUUC